AUGGAACACCUUAAUGGCCCGGCGAUCCUUUCUGGAUUCCUCAUGUCCAGUGUUGUUUACUGGCAUGUUUACUUCCUUGUUGACUACCUCCUCCGCAAAUAUACCCCAACCAUUCACGAACGACUCAAGCGCGAAGACGAGUUGCGGAAACUCUUGCCCCUCAUUAUCACACUUGUCCGAAUGGCCUUCGGACUUACUGUAACUCUGCCGUCCUGUAUUCAAGCUGCGAGAACUACACCAUGGGGAGUCGAUCAGCCCCUGAAUAACGCAGGGAAAGUUUGCAUUGUAUCGCAGCUCGCAGUGUGGUCCAACGAGCUGCCUCAGGCCCAGUUCUACUCUGUGGAGCUGUUCGUACACCAUAUUCUUUGUCUUGUUGCAACAGCCAACAUCAUUCUUUCGCCGCCGAUACACCAAAUCAAGCCUCUCUACAUCUACUUUGGGUCACUGUGUGGUGAUAUCGGGCCGGGAUCUGUCAUGAUACUACGAAUGGCUGGCCAUAAGCUCAAGACCUCGAAGCUGUUGUACAAUGUUUCCUUGGGGUCGACCUUGCUGUCGAUCUUUUGUCGCAUUGGAGGCGCUUUCUACACCCUAACCCACGUCCUCACCGAUCCCUAUAAUCUUGCCGACUGGGUAAGCGCCCUUGGAAUCUUGCUCUUUGGAUCCUACUCUACAUACACUGCGUUUCAACACUUGGGACGACUCGAAAUCAUCAAAGUCGAUCCCGUGCGAUACAAGGUCACGUACUUCUGCCAAUUCGCGGUGCCUAUCUCGCACUCGUUAUUGGCAGUCGCCUGUAGCUUUACACUCCUAUCAACCUUGUUCCUGUACGGAAUCUUCCUUGAGCGACCUUUGAGGCCUGGUGAAACACAUCGACAGUCACUUCAUAGCCUUAUUGCCGUCGCAAUUGGGAUGACGGGAGCUCUAAUUGCAAGGCUCGCUUACCCGCAAAAUGCCUCCCGAUCUAAUCCAUGGGGACGUUUGUACGUUCCGUUUGGCACAAUCUUGGCAGGUAUAUGUAUCUCAAUCAUCGGCACUUUCACGAACGAUGCGGACCGCGACAAAGUUCUGGCAUCGAUAGGGGUCAGCUUACCUUUGUUCUUCUCCCUUGCCAGGGUAGCUCAAUACUACGCAGCCAAGGACGUAGAAGCAGCGCGUGAUGCGAAGCUGCCUCCAGCGGACAGCUUCAUAAGGAGACACGCGGAGAUUGCUCUAGAACAUGCUGUCAUAUUCAUCAUCAUUCUGGCACUUUUGAUUCCCAACCUCCUGAGUCUCCUGGACGCAGCACGUCUUUCAAUUGCAGCAUGCCUUGUCGUGCAACUCCGAUAUCGUUGGACUAUCAUGCCUCUAGCCGCUGCAAACAUCCAUGGGCUAGCAGGCGUUUUGCUAGCUAUCGUGCUCAUCGUGUUGGAGCCUGGCUUCAUUGCCUUUGCCACAACGGGAAGAUACAUUCGCCUUGAAAGUUCCUGGACCGCCAUUUUCCAAAACUAUCUGCUUCUUGGGGGAACUGUCAUGGCUGCCAUCUUUGUGCCAAGAUCCGAAACUGCAUCUAGGCCAUGCGAGACUGUGACAAAGCCUUGCAGGUCGAAGAGAUUCCAUCCUAUCACCAUUCUCUUCGUCUUCUUCUGCAUUUUGCAGGCAAUGUUGAUUCGAAAGUACAUGACUUUCGAUGGGAAGACGCCAGAGAUUUGUCCUGGUUUUGUGAACUUUCGAUCAAUCUUUUCAGACGUUUACACUUGGGUGGGCGCACUACACAUGGCUUCAUUGCCGGUAGUUGUUUUAAGGGAGCUGGAGUAG